UUUAGAACGCGGCCACAGAUGAACGCCACGUAUUUGUUAUGUACUAACCGUAUUCCGCAUACCGGCGAGUGCAUAUACGAGAGCGAUACCGCACUCGGCAGGAAGAUAGAGGAGGAGAAGGGAAAGUUCUCUUAGCACCGUUGCCGGUGUACCGGAUUUGCAGCCCCGUCGACGAUGUCUUUUGUGCACACGUUAAUAUGCGUCCUCGCGCUCUACCUGAGUGCGCACAGAGGAUGCAUCGCUGCCGAUUUGAUAGAUCCGAAUGUGAUUGUCAGGAACGUCGAGCGACACAUCGACCUGCAGUCCCAGCUGACCAAGAUCACCACUCGGGUGGUGUUGGAUAACAACAGCAAGGAUCGUGGUAUUCAGAACUUCCUCUUCUGCCUGGACGACGAGCAGAGGAGUUCCGUCAGCUACGUGGCCGCUCACGUGGAGCCCGGUAAGUUGGAGCUCAAAGUGACGGAGGUCAAGGUGCCGGCGCAUCGCGACCGGGUCUUCUAUUCAGUUGAUCUUGGCAACCAUUUGGCACCCCGUCGCACCCUCACUAUUGAACUGGAGACGAUAUUCACGCACGAGCUGGUGCCACAUCCCAAGCAGAUCACUCAGCAGGAGAAGCAGCUUGUCAAGUACACAGGGAACGUGUAUGUCUGCCUGCCCUAUGCCGUUACGAAGCAGACUACCUAUGUGGCUUUACCUACGCGCAACAUCGAGAGCCAUACCAAAAUCAAGCCAGUCUCCCAAACUGGCUCUAUGCUGGCCUAUGGACCAUAUGAGACACAGCCGCCGUUCGCCUACGAAGAGAUGACAGUGCACUUCGAGAACAACAACAAGUUUCUCACGGUGACGAGACUCGAGAGAAUUAUUGAGAUUUCUCACUGGGGUAAUAUAGCCGUUGAAGAGCACAUCGAUCUAUUGCAUACAGGAGCACUGCUGAAAGGAUCCUUCUCGCGCUACGAAUAUGCUCGAGAGUCCAAGUCCGGGCAGGCCAGCAUUCAGAGUUUCGAUACCAUUCUGCCAGCCGCUGCAUCCGAUAUUUAUUACCGCGAUGAAAUCGGUAAUAUCUCCACGUCGCAUACUCGCAUCAAGAAGGACUCUGUAGAGCUGAAUCUGCGACCAAGAUUCCCGUUGUUCGGUGGUUGGAAGACCCGCUAUACGAUCGGGUACAAUGUGCCUAGCUACGAGUAUCUGUUCCACUCCGGUGACGAGUUUGCCCUGGAGAUGAGGCUGCUAGAUCAUAUCUUCGAUGAUAUGGUCGUGGACGAGAUGGUUCUGAAGAUCAUUCUACCAGAGGGCUCGCGGAAUAUCAAGCUAGAGUUGCCAUAUCCGGUGACUCGAUUGCCGGAUUCCUUGCAUUAUACAUAUCUAGAUGUCACCGGACGCCCAGUAAUAUCCGUGACGAAGAACAAUCUAGUUGAGAAUCAUAUUCAAAGUUUCAGGCUGAAGUACACAUUCCCGCGUCUGCUGAUGCUGCAGGAGCCGCUGAUGAUCGUGCUGGCACUGUGGCUGAUGUUCCUGGCGGUCAUAGUGUACGUGAGAUGCGACUUCUCCAUCGACAAGGACGAGGCAUCGGAGAGCAAGCUGAGGAUCGCCGGGCAAUGCGAGAAGAUACUUGCUAUUCAGGAUCGCAGAAUCGCGACAUACUAUAAUCUGGAGGAGCAGCUGGCGUACCUGAAGGUAUCCAAGGAUACGAACGCGUUUCUGUCUGCGAUCAAGGGCAUCAAUCAGGAUUACAAGGCGGCGAACAACGCACUCAACGAGAUCGCGCAGAAGAUCAAGGGCGAAUCUAGCGACGUGUACGAUCGCAUACAGGAGUUGCAGAAAUGCGAUCGCUAUCUGAAGGAGGUCUACAGUCAGUUGCAGGGAUUAUAUUUGGAAAAACUAAUCCCGGGCAAGAUCAGUCGGCAGCAGUUCAUCGAAAUGGAGAUGACGAUCUCUAGAAAGAAGGAGGAUUGCAUCGACAAGAUUAACGCUAUCAUCAAAUCGCUCCGGUAAUUGUGUUCCGCGGAUGAACUUUGAGAACUUCGAGAGCAACGAUCGGUGGCAUUUGCAAUACAGUAACGCGAGACCUCGCAUCUGUUGUAUUCCAUUCGCGAAUAAGAACGAGGAGGGAUUCCAUACACAUUACAUUCACACACACAUCGAGUCACACAAAAAGACUCACAUUUAGAUUAAGAUUUAUAAUAAAUAUAUAAGAAAGAGAAACGAAAUACAGAAUUUCGUUGUAUCUUUUUUGUUAUGUCUCCAACAGGAUGUUGUAUCUAAAUAAAAGACUUGUGAGAUA